AUGGACAAGGGAAAAGAACCGAUGCGAGAGGAAGGUGCCCCGGAAAAUUCCGCAAAGAAACAAAACGCCCCCAUAGUAAUUCCAGACGAGGAACGUUGGAUGGAUGAACAACACACCCUCAAAGACGGAGAAGAGCAUCUGGAGGAAAGAGUCCGCCAAGUCAUGAGCAGGCUCGGAAUAAGAUGUGAAGACGUAGACAUCUCUCUUCGAAGUGACUCACCACUUGCAGAUUUCAUCAUCUCUCACGAGUUCCCUACAAAGUUCAGAUACCCUCCAAAUUUGGAAUCAUACGAUGGAACAGGCUGUCCCAAGAGCCAUAUUCACAAAUUCCAAGCGGUGAUCAAUGUUCAGACAAACUUAGAUCACGUACUAUGCAAACUUUUUCCUACUACCUUAAAAGGUCUGUCACAGGAAUGGUACCAAAGUUUAAAGCCAGGAUCAGUGCUGACGUUCAAACAAUUCUCAGGACUUUUCCAGGCUAGAUUCGUAGCAUGCAUCCCUCAAAAGAAGUUGUCCACAGACCUGCUAGCCAUCAUGCAAAGGGAAGGAGAGACACUCAGGAAGUAUGUAGAAAGAUUCAAUAAGGAGGCGAUGCAGAUAGAAGACCUGAGCCAGGAGAUCGCCUACACAGCAUUACUCAAUGGAACUACCAACUCCGACCUACGAAAGGAAUUGUUGGCCAAAUCACCAAAAUCAUUUACCACACUGAUGACCAUCGCACAUACACAGAUCAGAGUGGAUGAUGGCCAGAGAGAGAUAGAGAAUCGCCUUGGACGGGUAGAAGAACGAAUGUUUGCAGAAAGAAGAAAUGGGGACAGAUCGCCCAUAGGAAAGAGGUUCGGAGAGAAAGGCAACGACCAUUUCAGAAAUAAAAGGAAAAAAGACGAAGAUAGGCGAUAUACGCCCCUAAACACAACCAGAACCAACGUACUGUUUUGGGUAAAAGACAGCCGAGAGAAGGUCAGAUGGCCAAGGAAGAUGAACGCUGCAUCAGCCAGCAAAAGAGACAACAGCAAAUACUGUGAAUUUCACAGAGACAACGGCCACACCACAGAUGAAUGCUGGCACCUGAAGGAAGAGAUAGAAAAGCUGAUAGAAAGGGGAUCCCUUUCCCAGUUCGUAAAAAGGGAUACCGAAGCCAGAGAGGCGGAAUUAGAAAGAAAGAAAGAGCGGAGAGAAGAAACCGCCAGAAGACCCAGACCAGAGCCAACAGGCGUGGUUAACGUAAUAAUGGGCGGAUCGACCGGAGGAGACAGCAAUACUACAAGAAAGAAAGCUGCAAGAACAGUCUACUCAGUUAGCCCAGGUGCACCAAAUGCUAAGAAAUUCAGAAGCGUAUCUUUUUCGAAGGGCGAUAGUCAUGGCUUAUCAGUCCCCCAUGAGGACGCCCUAGUUGUCAAGGGGCGACUCAACAAUUUCGAGGUAUCUCGGAUGCUUGUAGACACGGGAAGUUCGGUAAACAUGAUCACAAUGGAAGUGUUCGGCAGAAUUGGACUCAAGAAAGAAAAUUUGACACAUGUCUCUACUCCACUGGUGGGACUAGGAGGCAAAUCUGUACAGGUGGAAGGAUCACUGGAGAUAAACAUCCAACUGGGGGAUGGAGAGAUCUACAAAGAGAUCCGAGCAGAAUUCAUGGUGGUCAAUAUGGACUUUGCAUAUAACGCAAUUCUCGGAAGGCCACUUUUGCACGAUACGUGCGCAUCCAUUUGCAUGAGGUACCUAUUGAUGAAAAUCCCAACCAGAGAAGGCGAUGCCGAAGUCAGAGGAUGCCAAAAGUCAGCCAGAGAAGCGUACUUUACAGCUCUCAGGAAAGUACAUGUAACCUUGCCAGUACUAACAAUGGAACCUCCAGAGAAGAAGGAAAGGGCGGAGCAUUAUGGGUGA